GAUGGGAAGAGACAACAUGCAAAUAACUAUACACAUGCAAGAUACAGAUAGUGUAAUUAGCACGUAAUUUCAGAGAGAAGGAGCUUAGCAGUGGGGGCACCGCCUUUUGCAGAAAGUGGAAUUUGAGCUGAAUCUUGUAGGAAGCUAGGGAAGCCAUGAGACAGACUUUGGCGUUGCUUUCAGCUCUGACAUGACGUAACGUGACAUAACAUAACACAAAAGGUUAAUGGAUCGCCGGUGCUCCCUUAGGAAUAUAUUUGAAUUUUAGUAGGACUCAGAUCCACCACCAAGAUAUACGGACUAAGAAAGUAAAUCAGAGUGUUGGUAAGAUCGGGAGGAGGCACCACUGUGCAUGCCAGCUCUCUUCCCAGACCUUCGGCCCACGGACACAGCAGCUGAUCAGGAGUGCGGCCCGAGAUAGUGGCAGCUGUGGGAGUUCUGCGGAAGCCCCGGUCCCUGGGUCUGCAGCCUCCAGACUCCACGAGGUGUCCUGUCUCUUUGGCUCCCCGAGAACCGCUAUGCGCGUUGGAGGCGGGGGGUGGGAGGAAACCCGAGUCUUCCGAUUGGGCGGUCAUCGAAAUCCUUCGUAGCCUCAUUGGUUAUUAGGGGAGUCGCCCUCAAACUUCGGCAGCUCCCAGACCUUAAAUAGUUGUGCCGGUGGCUCUUUGCCUUAGAGCGCACGCUGCGCAGUCCCGAAAUCCCUACACGCAGUUCAAAAUUGGGGUCUGAGCUGGCGGCCCCGCGCCGAAGCCCCUCUAGGUGCGGUACUGCUGAGCUCCCCUCUCCGUCGACGAGGUCCCUUCCUCCUGGGGCCCCGCCCCCGGUAGCCGGGACGGCACGGCACUGAGAGGGUAGGGUCCGAAGCAGGACCAGACUCCCCCGUCCCCAUGGCAUUCGCCAUGCUGCGCCCAGUGGCCGCCCACGUGCUGUACCCCGACCUCAGCCUGCUAAGUGAGGACGAGGAGAACCGCAGCGAGAGCGAUGCUUCGGACCAGUCGUACGGCGGCUACGAAGGGUUGGAGCCGGCUCGGCGGCGGGCCGGGAGCGGGGCCGGGGGCGGUGGCGGCCGCCGAGCCGGGGCGGGUGGCGGCGUUGGAGGCGGCGUGGGGCCGGUGGUGGUGGUGAAGCAGAGACAAGCGGCUAACGCUCGGGAACGGGACCGGACCCAGAGUGUCAACACGGCCUUCACGGCGCUGCGCACGCUUAUCCCCACCGAGCCUGUGGAUCGCAAGCUGUCCAAGAUCGAGACCUUGCGCCUGGCUUCCAGCUAUAUCUCUCACCUGGCCAACGUGUUGCUGCUGGGCGAAGGCUGCGACGACGGGCAGCCGUGUUUCCGCGCGGUCUGCGGACCCAAGGGCGAGCGCAGCGCAUCGGGGAGCGGUGGUGGAGACACUCGACAGCAGCCGCGCACUAUCUGUACCUUUUGCCUCAGUAAUCAGCGCAAGGCGGGCAGUCGACGGGACUUUGGAGGCAGCUGUCUGAAGGCAAGAGGGGCAGCCCCACUUCGGGUGCCAAGGAGAUGAUCCUGGAGUCCCCUCCCUGAAGUGUUCAUUCCACAUGGUGGUCCCAGAUUCCUGGAGAGAGGGUCGAAGGACAGAGCGGGGAGGAAAGGAGCCUCGCUGGCCUGUGCUGGCCAGACCAGGAGGAGACUAAGGGUCCCAGAGCUAUGCUACCUGUGCAGGCUAAGAGACUGGGUGGGAAUGUUAGUGCUUGGGCUGGGGGGUAGGCUGGAUCUCCUCUCUGACGGUCUCAAGGCUCUGGCCUAACUCCCAGAGAGUCCUAACUACACCAGUCCUCACUGGUCAGAGACAAUGCAGAACUCUAAGAAUUAAGUCUAUUGGGGUGUGGGGGGUGCAUAUGUAGGUCAGAGUGUGUGUGUGUGUGUGUGUGUGUGUGUGUGUGUGUGUGUGUGUGAUGGGAAAUGUUUAUGGAAUAUCUAGGCAUGUGUGUUCAGGUUUGAAAUAAAAGUUAUUUUUGAUCUUC